CUGAAGCGAGCACUGAAAUAAAGUACCUACUGUUGCAAACAUGAAGUUCCUCGUUUUGGUGUCAAUUUUAAUCUCACUUGGUGCUCUAGUAAUCGGUCAAAGUCAUAAUUACUUCUGGGGCACGCGAAGAGGAUACGAUGUACUGCUGAACCGAACAUCCGCUUUUCGCUCUUCAUCGAUGCUACGUGUGAAGUCUAUGGAUCUGCAGUAUCCAUUGAAGGGACAACGAGGUGGAAACAUUACGGCCAUCCACAUCGAAGACCAGUACACCAACGGAAAAGGCGGUUAUGCGAAAUUGCUUGCCGGAGGAAUCGGGUACAAUUUUACAAAAAUUCAUCUGAAAUCACAACGCGGAGGAGGAUUCAACUUUAUCGUGGAAAUUUACGGCCGCUAAUUUGAAUCCAAGCAUUUGAUUUUUUGAAUUUUAUUAUCUUUCUAUCGAAGCUCUUAUCUUUAUCAGAUUUUCAAACAUAUGCAAUAAAGUACUUUAUGAAGCAUUGAAA